UCUCUGCAGAAGAGGCCAAAACCCAUCUCUCCAACCUCAAAAAGCCGAGAGCUCUGACCAGGGACCAACCUAAAGGAACUAGGGUUUCUCAGACCACCAAAUCAGACGACCUUUUGCAUUAUGUCAUAGGAAAACAAUCGCAGAGAAAGGGGUGGUCUCAUUCGCAUCUGGCCUGGGUCUUCACUCUUUGGUUCUAUCAGCGAAAGAGAAGCUGGUGGGGAAGAAAAGUCAACGGUCAUGGCGGGUCGUAGAGAAAGAGUCCAACAGGUCCGCGGAUCCCGAAUUGUGAUCGCAAUCGUGAUCGGUGUUCUUGUCGGGUGUGUUUGCGCCGUCAUGUUUCCACGUGGGUUCUUCAACUCGGGUUCAUCGCUCGCAGUCAAGGAUCGCCUCGAGAAAUCGAGCUUUCAGGGAGGAUCGCCGUCAUGUGAAUCGUCUGAGCGGCUCAAAAUGCUCAAAGCAGAUUUCAUGGCUCUCUCAGAAAAGAAUGCCGAGUUGAAGAAGCAGGUCAGAGAGCUAACAGAAAAGCUACGGUUGGCGGAACAAGGAACAGACAGUGCCCGGAAACAAGUUUUAGUUUUGGGAUCGCAGAUAAAGGCUGGGCCUUUUGGAACUGUCAAGAGUUUGAGAACUAACCCAACAGUACUUUCCGAUGAAUCGGUUAACCCAAGACUGGCAAAGAUCUUAGAGAAGGUAGCUGUGGGGAAAGAGCUCAUUGUGGUUCUUGCAAAUUCAAAUGUUAAGGCAAUGCUCGAGGUGCAGAUUGCCAGUAUAAAGAAAGUGGGUAUAUCAAACUAUCUAGUCGUGGCAUUAGACGACAACAUAGAAGAGUUCUGCAAAUCGAAUGAUGUUGCAUAUUACAAGAGAGAUCCAGACAAGAAUGUGGACUCAAUCGCCAAAUCUGGAGGUAACCAUGCUGUCUCUGGAUUGAAAUUCCGUAUCUUGAGGGAGUUCUUGCAACUUGGGUAUGGUGUUCUUCUCUCGGAUGUGGACAUAGUCUAUCUGCAGAACCCGUUCGAGCAUUUAUACAGGGACUCUGAUGUGGAGUCCAUGAGCGAUGGCCAUGACAAUAGAACGGCGUAUGGCUUCAACGACGUGUUUGAUGAACCAGCCAUGGGAUGGGCUCGUUAUGCUCACACGAUGAGAAUUUGGGUCUUCAAUUCCGGGUUUUUCUAUCUAAGGCCCACCAUUCCAGCCAUAGAACUGCUCGAUCGUGUGGCUGACAAUGUGGCUCAGACAAAGGCGUGGGACCAAGCGGCAUUCAACGAGGAGCUGUUCUUCCCUUCGCAUCCCGGCUACACCGGACUGCACGCCUCCAAGAGAGUGAUGGAUAUGUACGAGUUCAUGAACAGUAAGGUCCUUUUCAAGACUGUGAGGAAGAAUCCUGAGCUGAAGAAGUUGAAGCCUGUGAUUGUCCAUCUGAAUUACCACCCAGAUAAGCUCGGUCGAAUGCAAGCCGUCGUGGAGUUCUACGUUAACGGCAAGCAAAACGCUCUCGAUAAUUUCCCAGAUGGUUCUGAUUGGUAAAGAUAUCCAUCAAAUCAUCGCCCUUUUUCCUUCUUGAUUCCAUGUUUAUCCUUCUUGGGUUUUGGUUUUUGUACUAUGAAUUUUUGUAUCUUAUAGCUUUAAAUCUCAGAACUUUCACUUUUUUUUUGGACAGUAA